UCAUUUGGCCUUUUGAGGGCGACAUAACACACUUUUCUCGUCGGACAUCCUCGUUAGAAAAGAGUCAAGCGUCAUUCGAUCGACGGCCACCGGGAAUUUACGUCAUCAUUUCUGUACCGUCUGCUCCAACCGAGCGCAUCGGUUACUGUUUAUCAUUAUUAUUUUGCGACUCGACCACCUGCAACGCGUCUACGCUGUCCUUGUCUCAUCCACACAAACGCAAACCCCGUUCAGCUCUUCCUUCGAAGGUAGGUUUCAAUCAUCUUUUCUCUUUGUUUGGCUCCAGGAGCACCAACCGACAUGUUCUACACCUGUGGGCCCAACGAAGCAAUGGUGGUGUCAGGCUUCUGUCGCUCCCCACCGCUGAUGAUCGCCGGUGGCCGGGUCUUCGUUAUCCCCUGCAUUCAGAAGUUGCAGAGGAUCUCGCUGAACACCCUGACCCUGAACGUCAAGAGCGACAAAGUGUACACCCGCCAUGGCGUGCCCAUCUCCGUCACGGGCAUCGCACAGAUGAAGAUUCAGGGUCAGAACAAGCAGAUGCUAGCCGCCGCCUGCCAGAUGUUCAUGGGCAAGUCGGAGGCGGAGAUAGCGCACAUUGCCUUGGAGACGCUGGAGGGACACCAGAGGGCCAUCAUCGCGCACCUGACUGUCGAGGAGAUCUACAAGGACCGCAAGAAGUUCUCUGAGCAGGUUUUCAAAGUGGCGUCGUCUGACCUGCUCAACAUGGGCAUCAGCGUGGUCAGCUACACGCUCAAAGACGUGCAUGACGACCAGGAUUACCUGCACUCCCUGGGGAAGGGUCGCACGGCGCAGGUGCAAAAAGACGCUCGCAUCGGCGAGGCGCUCAACAAGAGGGACGCCGUCAUGAGGGAGGCACACGCCAUGCAGGAGAAGGUCUCGGCGCAGUACAAGAACGAGAUCGACAUGGCCAAGGCGCAGCGCGACUACGAGCUGAAGAAGGCGGCGUAUGACAUGCAGGUGAACACCAAGAAGGCCGAGUCGGAGAUGGCCUACCAGCUGCAGGUAGCCAAGACCAAGCAGCGCAUCGAGGAGGAGCGCAUGCAAGUGCAGGUGGUGGAGCGCAGCCAGCAGAUCACGCUGCAAGAGCAGGAGAUCACGCGCAAGGAGAAGGAGCUGGAGGCCAAGGUCAAGAAACCCGCCGAGGCCGAGAAGUACCGCCUGGAGAAGCUGGCCGAGGCCCAGCGUCUCAAGCUGAUCAUGGAGGCGGAAGCGGAGGCUGAGUCCAUCAGGAUGAAAGGCGAGGCAGAGGCAUACGCCGUGGAGGCCAAGGGCCGCGCCGAGGCGGAGCAGAUGGCCAAGAAGGCCGCUGCCUUCCAGCUGUACGGCAGCGGCGCCAUGGUGGACAUGUUGCUGGAAAAAUUGCCCCUGAUGGCGGAAGAGAUCAGCAAGCCUCUGUGUGAAGCCAACAAAGUGACCAUGGUGUCCAGCGGAGGCGAGGUUGGAGCCGCCAAACUGUCGGGCGAGGUUCUGGACAUUAUGACCCGCCUCCCCGACACGCUGGAGAAGCUCACCGGCAUCAACAUCGCCCAGGUCAGCUCCCGCAGUGGCUGAGGAAGAGCGGCCGGUAUCUUGGUCAGCUGCAUUGACCACCACCACCACCACCACCACCACCACCACCAUCAUCAUUUUUUUGUUGCUACGCGUAUGGCUCACUAACAGUAUUAACAAAUUUUGCAUUAUGUUGGCUGUGGUGGGCACUGCAUUUUGUUGCAAAUAUAGAAAUCAUCAAUACUAUAUAUAUUAAAAAAUAUACAUAUAUAUAAUAUACACACCGCAUGAUACGGUGUCACGUACGUCAUCUGGAGCUGUUCACAAUAUUUAUCUAAGAACAUGACAAAGAGCAUUGAAACGAUAACUUGAAGGACACUGUAGGUUCGGAAUGAGUAAAGCAUUAGACUGACGCUCUGACAGACAAUUUGCUGAAAGCAACAAGCGAUCUGAAUGUGAUGAGACAUGACGGGGGGAAUGGAAUAGAAAUGAAAACUGAUGAAGAUAUCAAAAUUCAGGUCAUAGAGGUUGUUACUACGAAGCUCUCAAAUGGCAAGUGCUACUCCCCUUACUGACUUUAUGUCCACUCAUCCAGCGAUGGAAGGUUGCAAUUUCGAAACACAAACUAUUUAUGUGUUUAUGUAUUCAUUCAUUUCUUCUUUUUUUCUGUCACCAAAUGUCAAUAGUUAAUUACUCGUAGAGAGAAGAAGUCACGGUAGUUAGCUCGUGUAGCAUUGCUCAGGUGUGCACUGAAGUGAGGCAAUGCGCACCUACUUUUGUGGAAUGUUUAUGGAUGCAUCACUCUUGCAUUUGGUCAUAUUUGUGUGCUUGGCCUCACUCGGUUAGUGUCAACUAUUCAAAAUGGCUUGUCGUACAAGUUUACGUAUAACACACAAUUGGUUCAAUAUUUACUAUCUCCAGAAAAGAUCUUGCUGUGUGAAAAUGGGUCGUAUAUGUAUGUACCCAACUAACUCUUACUAAUAUGCUUUUUUUUUUUUUUUAAUAAAUUUGCUUUUCAAAGGUG